AUGCCCAUGGCCCUCUGCCCUAAGAGUGGAAACUGCCUCUCUACACUCAGCCAGAAUUCACUCAGUGUCUGUGAUGUGAACCUCAGUCUCAAUGUGGAGUCAGACGUCAUACCAAUGAACUGGUCCUCCUCUGCAGAGCUGAAACCACUGGGUGAGGAGCCCUCUAAUAAGGAGUCUGGUCUAUUGAUGAAGAGGCUAUCACCUAACAGCACCACCCUAUGGUACGCAGGCCUGGAACGUAAAGUGGAACUUUUGGCUGAUGAUUCUUUCGAUAUCUUGCUGCCCAAUGUAACGGCUGUUGAUAGCGGGAGGUACAAGUGUCUCCUGGCAGCACCUGUAGGAGAGCAGAACCAGCAGGGCCAGGUUCACCUCAGAGUGACAGGUUGCCUUUACAAUAAGUCCACAGACCAAUCAGAAAGCAAUACCAUCCUAGUUCUUUCCAUUGUGGGGCUUGUGGCAGCAUUGCUGAUAUUCACCAUCAGCUAUGUAACCGUUAUGAAUAUGUUACCACCAAGGAUCAAGAAGAAUCCACAAGAACAACUUCUAGAUGCACCCUUUGAGAAGAAGGAUUUCAUGUUGAUCUACACACUGGGGCCAAACUGGUCAGGACAGGCUUCCAAAAAACAUGUCUGUGUGUGAGACCCUGUUCUGCUAGUUUGGGCACAUUGUAUACUUGAAUGAGGAAAGGCAGAGAAAGAGUAGUGCACUUUUGAAGCUGAGUAAGGAGCCAAAGAGCUUACACAGAAUGAAAGUUAAAGUGAGAGCUUAGUCUUUAAAAUAAAAGAGAGACCACGGCUCCCCACCCAUUAUAGAAUCAUUAAGUUAGUAAGUGGUGGCUAAAAUAAGAGAGGUAAUUAUGACAAAAAAAUAAUAGGGUGUGAGAGAGAUUAAAGUAGAUGUCACACGUCAAAAUUUGAUGGAUGACCCUAUGUGAGCCUAUGUGACCGCUAUGUGAACCUAAGGGGCUGCCUGUCAGGACAUUCUGAUGGUUAGGUGGGGGUCUUUGGGUAAGGGUCCAGUUGUCAGGUCAACCGGUAAUGAUUUAUGACCCCAGCCUGAUUUAUGACCCUAUGUAAUGAUUUAUGACCCUAUGUCCUGUUGUAGCAGGCAUGCCCAUAUUUGGGCUUCCGGUCAGGACAUCCUGGCCGGGGUGGGGGUCUUUGGGGUAAGUGUCAAGCUGUCAAUGUCGUAAAUCAAAAAAAGAUCAUGAUUUAUGACCCUAUGUAGUGAUUGAUGCCCCAAUGGUUUGUAGAAGGGGGGCAUGCCCAUAUUUGGGCUUCCGGUCAGGACAUCUUGAUGUUUAGGGGGGCUUUUUGGGUAAGUGACCAGGUGUCAUGUCAAACUGUUCCUGGAUGUCUAGUGUUGGGGGUUGUUAAUGAACAUUUCAAAGAGGCUGGCUUUGCAGAAGCCUUAUAAAGCCCCAAAACAAUGCAUGUUUAAGAUUGUACAAGAUAAACCCCUUGAAUAUUAAACAAAAAUGACACAUAUGCCAAUUUAUGGUAUGUUAUGCUCGGCUUGUCAUGAACCCAGUGAACAAAGCAUUGAGGAAGUUCUGUGUGAAGCUCCAGAAUGUUUUAAAGGAUUUUUGGGUACGAGUGAGGGCCACAUGUCUUACAUAUUCCAGCCGGAGGAUUCUACGGUAAAGAUCUUCAACGCCAGUGGCCCCAAACCCGUUUAUCCGGCAAAACCUGGGAGUUUUUCUCCUGCUCUGGGCAUGAGAGAAUGGCUAAACAUCAGGCUGGCUCUUUGUAAAAUUGAACAGGUCCUGAGUGGCACAGCUGUGCCUGGCUAUGCGUUGGAAGAACAGGUCUUCGGACGCAGUGAUCUCAAGGCUCUAAGAAUUGCUUCAAUGGACUAUAACCCUGACAACAAAGUGACAAUUUUAGCCUGUGAAGUUUAUGAUGCGGGUAAUGCUACAAAGUCUGUCAAUUCUCCAGUAGCAUCCAGAGCAUGCAAAGAUGUCAACUUUUUUAUUCCUGUGUUUAGUUUUAAAUGGGUGGAUUAUCCAAUUUUCAUAACACUUAUGAAUGAGCUGGACAUUCUCUUCAAAAAUCGCGAACAGUUAAGGCGCUGGCCUCGACUUUUCUUGAGACAUAACCAGGACCAAAAGGCCCGACGUAGGAUGUACCCCCGGAGUGAAAACUUACCCAGUGUUGAUGAGCCUGCAAAGAGAUCCCGGCAUUUUGAUGACCAACUGGACACUGACAAUGGGGGGUGGUUGCAUCAGAUCCCUGGAUCUGUAAGAAAGGCUUCGUAAAAUACCUUAAGAAUGUAACGCUAUAAAAUGUAUGUACUAAAUAUUUUGAAUGAAAUAAAUGGUUUUAAAAGCAGAA